AUGUUUUUAUCCUUGCGAAGAAUACAAUGGAGGCGUUGGAAUGAUUCUGUGCUGAAAAAGUUCAAGCAACUUUCGUUACUGAAACGAAUCUCCCUAACAGCAAUUUUCAUUCUUUCCGCAUUUUAUUUUCUUGCAUCCUUCUUUACUUCCUCAUUCAUCUCAGAAUCUGAAAAAUGUCUUAAUGAACGUUUACUUGAAUGGACAAUUUUAGAAAAAACAUAUGCUGUCGCUAUUUCAAGAAAUAAUUUUGGAUUUACGGGCAACGGGUUCAUUGGAAUGGGUGGUGAUGGAGAGUUAAGGCUUAAAGCAACAUUAUCUCGAGUAUUAUCAGUUCGAAGUGCCUUUUUCCCAUUUAUUACUGCGAAAAUCCUAGAUUCAGAAUUCUCAGAAAGUUUCGUCACUGAUUUUCGAGACGGUACCAUCAUUGCCAUACGAUGUUAUCAUAUUAAUGAUCAAUGCAUAUGUACUACUCAGCGAAUAUAUGCUCAUCGAAGAAGGCCUCAUCUUUUAAUUCAAGAAUUUCGUGCUUCCAAUCCAUCGACUAGCGAUAUCGAGAUCAAACUCAUGUUCACGGUUUCAAAACUUUGGAAUCAUAUUAAGAGGGACAGUGUCGCUGAUCCACUUUACACGCGUUAUUUUGAAUCAGAUGGAGCGCAUACGCUGGCUGCUAUUACUUGUAAUGAAGUUCCUGAGACUGUUACAGUGGGGCAGGGACAUGACAUUUUUAUACGCUUUCUUUGCCUUAUCAGUUAUGUGUCUCCACUUCAGAAAAACAAAGAUGAGGAAUUAAAGGUGUUGGAAGAAAGCAUAGUUAAGGAGCUUGCACUCUGUAAGAUGAUGGAGGGAAACAUUUUGUAUCGCGAGCAUUCUACAGCAUGGAAGCGACUGAAUAUAGUUACAUUUGGUAUUUCGAAAUCUUUGGCACCAAAUGCUCUUAAUGCUGCGGAAAUAAACUCUACACGUCAUAUGUUGCUAUCAAAUACACGUGAUCCAUUAUUGGAGAUUGGGUUCGAUAAGGAACGGAAAAAAGCAGCAUCUUCAUCACUCAAUAAAAUGCAAAUGUGUUAUACGGGUCAUUCAACUCUUCUCGUACCUUCACGUUUGUGGAAAAGAUCUAGCAAUAUGAAUGACAUGAUUGAAACAAUGGAUAUUUGGUUACUAACUCUAGAAAAACGUGGUUGUGGUGAACUUUUGAAAAUCGGUGCUAGUGGUCUUGCUGAAGCCUUUGUUCUUAGUCUUCUGGCGUCCAAGUUUUCUAAUGAGCAUUUGGAGGUAAAUAUUGAUCUGGCUGAUUUGCAGCGAGAAAUAGUAGUGAAUGAUAUAGCAUAUUCUCCCAACACACGGAUUUCUAUAAGUAUAUUAUUGAAUGACGGCAAUCGACCUUACUUCAUGAUCUCUUCUAAUUCGCAGGUUUUUGCAUGUAAUGCAGCUUGUUUAAACAGUCCAGUAGCCGUCGGACCUACUAAUGUACAUAUUCCUGUGAAAAUAACUGUACCAGCUACUCCAAUUUUGUACAUCUCGCACAACAAAAAUCACUUGGAGCAGUUAAGGGGUACUAUACACGUUGUUGAGCUCGCAGAUGCCCCUGCCCAUGAACAUGGAUUAAUUGCUCUUCACAAACACGGCCAUCGACUAGGCGGUCUACCAGCAUUGUUUUGGCUUAUGCUCGGUGCAUUAGUGACUGUAUUCCAUUUAUUUUUAUUUAAGUUACUUUAUUCAGAGUGGAAAAAAGGUGACACAACGCCCUAUAAUUAUUAUUCGCGUCAGCGAUAUUUUCGGAGUCAUUAA